AUGAGUGAACAACCACAACAAACCAAAAAAAAUAAGGAUUUUCUCAAGUUAUAUUUUACGCGUGAACAAUUACAAAAAAUACCUGUGUAUAUUAUAUUUCCAUUAAUUGGUAUUACUUACAUUUUAAUAAUGACAUUAAUUAUCUUUCUUUUACCAAAGGUAUAUGGAGAUGAAAGUCAUUAUAUUUUUUGGUUUAUUCUUGGAAAUAUUAUGUAUUUUUUAGUUACGUAUAAUUUUUAUCAAUGUCACUAUAUCACACCUGAAUGUAUACCUGAACAAUAUUAUAAAAUUAAUGAAAAAGACAAAGAAAAAUAUGAAUAUUGUGAUAAUUGUAAAAUUUAUAAAGGAGAUCGAGUUCAUCAUUGUAAUACUUCAAAUAAAUGUAUUUAUCGAUAUGAUCAUUAUUGUGGAUUUAUUGGUAAUAGUUUAGGAUUUCACAAUUAUAGGUAUUUCUUUCUUUUUCUUUUUUAUUUAUGGAUUUCUAUGUUAAUUGUUGACUGUCAUGUUUAUUUAUUAUUUACUCAUGUUGAUAUAUCACAACUCCCAUAUUUCGUGUUAGUAUUUAUCUCACUCUUCUUUGGAAAUUUGACUUUUGCUUUGACAAUGGAAAUGGGUUUUAUUGCUAUAACAAUUACUUUUAAUUAUACCUCAAAAGAAUUAGUAGAAACACUAGCAACACUUUUCAAAGAAAAACGUUGGACCCCAAACAAACACUAUAAAUCAAUUUUAUUAAACUGGAAAGAAGUUAUGCAAGUCUCUCCUUCAGAACCUUUGUUUUUAGGUUUCUUACCAACUUCUCCUCGUUUUAAGGAUAAUAAGAAACUCUAA